GGCUUCAACACCUCAGACAAAGACCCAGAGUUGACAGGAAAGGGAGGAAAACCAUGGGGCAAAUUUCCUUUGUGAGUUUCGGUUUGCUGAUUGUGGCCAUCUCUCUGAGUGGAGUGAAAGGCUGUUGCUGUCCCGAUAAUUGGCUGCCCAUGAAUGGGUUUUGCUACAAGCUCAACGAUCAACUCAAGACCUGGAAUGAAGCAGAGAUGUUCUGCAGGAAAUUAAAGCCAGGCUGCCACCUCGCCUCCAUCCACAACAUGGCAGAGUCAGCUGACUUGGCUGAGUAUGUCUCUGACUAUCUCACAAAGAAGGACAGUGUCUGGAUUGGGCUGAAUGAUGCCCAGAAGAAAGGUGUCUGGGUGUGGACAGACAGAUCCUCCACCAACUACCUAGCUUGGGGUGAAGGAGAGCCCAACAACCAGCAGAAGAAUGAGUAUUGCGUUGAGCUCAUAGCCAAGACAGGUUUCAAGUAUUGGAACGAUCAUCCUUGUGAUGUCUUGCGUGCUUUCAUCUGCGAGUGCAAAUACUAGUGCCAGUUGCCCUUUCCCUGCUCCAGGGUGAGGGAAACACCCGGUGAAGCCUGGAAAAGCAACGAAGCCCUGCCAAAAUCUCUCUUCUCCACCCCUUUGCUUGAUUUCUGUAGCUCGGAUCUGAUUUUGCUCUUUCUGGUCAAAUAAAUUCUGUCUUUAUGUGA